AUGGGCUUGUCGCCACUUCAAAAAUGCACGGCGGCUCUCCGUCAAUUGGCAUAUGGAGCCCCUGCCGACCAAUCCGAUGAAUAUCUAAGGUUUGCUGAAACCACUGCUAUCGACGGUUUGAUCAACUUCUGCAAAUGUGUAUAUGAAAUAUUUGGGGACCAAUACUUGAGAAGACCAACGGUAGCUGACACCCAACAUUUACUUGAAAUGCAUGAGCGAAGACAUGGUUUCUCUGGCAUGUUAGGAUCACGUAAUGAUAUAAAUGUGCUUUACGAAUCACCUCUAUUCAACAAAAUUUUGGAAGGAGGUGCACCAGAGGUUUAUUUUACAAUAAACGCCAUGACAUAUACUAAAGGAUAUUAUCUAACAGAUGGGAUUUACCCAACUUGGGCUACCUUCGUCAAGAGUUUUCCAUGCCCCGAGGAUCCGAAGAGAAAAAAGUUCAAGAAAAGACAAGAGGCAGCAAGAAAAGAUGUCGAGCAGGCAUUUGGAGUUCUCCAAGCUCGUUGGGCAAUAGUCAGAGGUCUAGUACGAUAUUGGUCGAGAGAUAUAUUGAGGGAUAUCAUGUAUACGUGUAUUAUUUUGCACAAUAUGAUUAUUGAGGAUGAGGGAGAAGCAGUAUCUAAUUGGAUGGGAGAUGAAGAAAAUCAUCCGAUGCGGGUAAAACAGGGCUCAACACCUGAAUUCCAAGAAUACUUCUGGAGAAAUUGCGAGUUGCGUGACAGUGAAACACAUCAUCAACUUCGAGCUGACUUGGUUGAACAUAUAUGGGCACUUUGA